CUGGAUGUAUUCGCUAUCGAGGCAUCAUAGAACCAUAUAUGCCCGAUCGAGUUGUUCGACAGUUAGGGUUUAUACAGGAGAUUCCCGGUGAUAUGAUUAGGCCUGAUGAUGAUCAGAGACCACUUAGUGUGAAGUCUUAUAGGGUCAGUUUUUUUCAGCUCAGAUGACCACUCUCAUGUGGGAUAGAUUUGUCCCCGGUGCUGCGUUCAGUCUUCUUCUUGGUGGAUAUACUAGAGUUCCACGUGGCGGACAUACUUGUGCCCCUGACUACCUACCUUGGUUUGGGAGAGUUAGCCAUCCUAUCGUCACUCCUAAAGUUGAGGAUGAUGUCGGUCUUCCUGAGAGGACCAACGUUGAUUACUGGGUAGGGCGAUUCAUGGUUACAGCACAUCAAUCACUUAGUGAGUACCCUACGCUAUCAAGGGACACCAAAGUAAUGUUGGAGCAGGUGAUUAAUGAUUGGAAUACAAUAAAUGGACUUAGAGAUUAGCUGUAUAUGUAUUCUAGCUUUGACUUUAUUGUUUUAUUAGACUAUGUUUUGGAUGUUGUUAGUGGACAUUUAUAUUUUAUCACAUUUGUUGAGAAUUAUCAAGUUGA